AUGAAGGGACAGACAGUUGCCUCGAGGGGCUCGAUAAUUGAAUCCAGCCCCUACCUUCCUGAAGCAACGACCAAAGGAUCUGGUUUUAGUAGAACAAAGCGUGUUAUUGCCGUGACCCAAUUCGACCAACGUUACCCUGUAGAACAACAUUCCGUCACGCAAGAUAUCUCCCUCCAGGAGCCCGCACAUACGCACUACUUCUGCAACGACAUGGAGAACCGACGUUUCCCAGAGAACUGUACAUGUUUUCUGGAGCGCGACCUCGCCAACAAGAUCUUGUCCAAGGCGGAGCAAGCCGAUGUCGUUCACACCAUCCAGAGCUUGUAUGACGCUGGAGCCCCCCUUUUCCGAAGAGAACACAUCCUCUACCUCGAAGAAGCGAUCCGGGGAAGACAUGAACACGAGGAACAAUACGAGCCAAGAAUAGGCUUCCGUACCAUCCAAAAGAUGGUCAAUGGAGUUCCUCCUGAUGGCCGAAUGCGCACCUGGGGAGCCUUCAGCGCCUAUCGCAUCGCCUGUUUCCCCAGACACACGGCACCAUUUUCUCAAGACUCCUUGUCGAAAAGCCAUCAACUGUGGGCAUUGUACCAAGACCUAUGGAAGCGAAGUCCAACCUGUUUAACCCUUAUGUUACUAUUGGAUCGGCUGCCGCCGCAAAUUCAAGUAACAAAGAUUGUAUGCUUUGGUCUCGGCGCGCUCUUGCCUAAUGUCUGUCGGACGUGUCAGGACUGCCAGCGUAGUCCUGAUUGCCAGGCACACAGGUCAAUAAGGUCGAGGACUUUUACACAACAUGCCGCUGCUGUCAGCAUGAUGCAAAAGUUGCGCCAGCAAACUCCUCACCUAGAAUUCUACUCGCAGGAACCAGAAUAUUCUCCAGAAUGCAGAGUUCUUUUGAACCAAAUGGGCAUCCGUGUUCUCGAUGGACACAGAGGUUUCCUCGAAGUUGACGACAAGACACUUGUUUUUUCGAUCAAACCGGCAGUUCCCGUCAAGCAAAUCAUCACCGAGUUGGCAAGGCCAGCGAUGAUAAUCUGGGAUGCUAUGGGUGGUGACGAGAGAAACGAUGAUGAAAUGAACCAAGACAAGUGGCAGUUGUGGACUCAAAAUAGUAAGCGAUUGUGGCACAGUCCCUUUGGAGUCGACCCUGAUUCAUCACGGACGAGGAAAAUGUUGGGCGAGGAGUACCUCGCGUGUCCGUUUCUCGGAGACAGGUUGAACUUUGGACAGCUUGAUGUCCAUAUACGACGCAGAAAGGAAGCACCACAGCGAAUGCGGCUCACCGAGGGCGGCUUUGAUAAGAGUAAACGCAGGAAUAGGUCUCCUAAUGGUGGUUUGCGUCAUUACAGCACAAUAACAUUAUACACUUGGGUUUUUGAUGGAAGACUGGUUGGUGGGCUGAGUAGCCAAGAACAGAAAUCACCACCUUCCACUGGACUCUCCAACUUCAUGCUGUUGUUCGUGAGCUCCUUGGGGGAAGUUGGGGAUGUGCUCAGAUCACCAUUCCGCAACUGCCCAUAUGAGAACCGCCCAAUAGCAGUACAAAUAUUCCAGAGUGAUACUCAAGCCGUGACCAUCCAUGGGCGUUUCCUCUGUGGUUCCCGGCGUGCGUGUCUUAUGGAGACGAAUGUCAACUUUAAGCGGGAGGCGUUGAACGAAGAAAAGAAAGUUGUCUCUCGUGAGCAGAUAGUCUACUUGGGAUUGAAGUAA